GAUAUUACCUUGUAAAGGCGGGCCCUUUGGUUCUUUAUCUUUUAAGAUGGCCUCAAGAGUUUAGUGGAUAGUAUUCAUAGAGAAUGAUUCAGUUGAAAUUAUCCGAUAGCGACAUAUGUGAAAGACGAAAGGCACAGUUAAAGGAAUGGUGUGGUUCAGAGACUGAUCAUGCGUCGUCAAAAAUGAGGGAGCCGGAGAAAAUCAAGUUUCCAUUAUCGGUUCAGCUACUUGCCGCAUGUAGUAACAGUGAUUUGGACGAAUUUUCUCGUUUACUUAAGCUUGGAACGGACAUUAACACGCAAAAUGCUGAUGGAUUAACCAGCACACACUUAGCUUGUAUCAAUGUCGACUUUGAUUUUUUAAAGUUCCUUAUCAGAAAUGGUGCGGAUAUCAAUCUACAGGAUCACGAAGGUUGGACUCCUUUGCAUGCAGCAGCUUCUGUGGGCUGCUGUGAACUAGCCAGAUUUCUAAUUGAAAAUGGUGCAAGUCUCUCCAUUUUAAGUGUAGAUCUAGAAUUACCAAUUGAUGUAGCACAAGAUGAAGAAAUGAUUAAUCUACUUACAGAUUCAAUGAAAAAGCAAAAUAUCGACGGUGAUGCUAUUAAACAUUCAGAAGAACAAAUGCUUUUACAUGAUGCACAACAUUGGUUAUCCAGUGGUCAAUAUAAACCAGUUAUUGAUCCUAGAACUGGUGCCACUCCCUUACAUGUCGCAGCUUGUAAAGAUUAUACUAAAGCAAUGGAAAUUCUUUUACAAAUUCCCGGUUUAGAUAUAAAUGCUAAAGAUUUCGAUGGAUGGACUGCAUUACAUGCAGCAGCACAUUGGAAUCGUGAAACAUCUGCUCGAAUGUUAGCUAACGCUGGUGCUAGUUUUGAUGAGCAUACACGUGCCAGUCAAUCUGUAUUCGAUGUAGCUGAUAAAGAAAUGAUUGUGUUGCUUAGACAACUUCGUGAAAGACAAAGAGCUGAAAGAUUAUCCAGUGCAUCUAAACUACCAGAAUCAUCGAAAAUAACAGAAGCAGUUAAACGAAGUCAUCCGGUUGAAUUAGAGACUGAUGAAAAUGUUAACACAGAUAAUGAUGAAGACGAUGAUGAUAAUUCUCUUAUUGAAAUUGAUCAAUCUAAUUGUGUAAAUAAAAAGCCAACUGUUGAACAAGAUAUUUACUCAUCGUUAAAUGAUACUCCAUCAUUUUUGACAAAUGGAAAAUUAAUCAAGAAAACUGUUAGCAAUGAAGAUAUGGUAUUGAAUGCUACUACUAACACUACCGCUUCUCCAUCUACGUUAUUAUCUGUACAAGGACAAACGGAGAUAUUGCAAUCCGCCACUAUUACUACUAAUUUUAAUCAAUCAACUGAUCAACAAUCAUUUAUAACAUCUUCUGUCCACGAGGAACGAACUUUACCGUCAUCAGACAGUGGAGAUUUUCUACCGAUCGAUACUAAUAAACCAUUGGAAAAACCUGGGAAAUCAUUAUCACCAGAGAAAUCUCCUGUCGUGGUUGCUUCGACAACAUCUAUAUCAUCAGAUGUGAAUAAUGACUAUCCAUCUUUUACCAGUGGUAAUAAUAAUCGAAUGGAAAAAGAAGUGUCAGAUAAUAUUAUGAAGACGACUAUCCCUGUUUCUUCAUACUCAUCAUCAUCAGCAACAUCCGUACAGCCAGGUAGUACACUUCGUCAUUCAUCACGAUCUCCUCCUUUAACUAUACCUACUAAUAGUGUAUCCGGUCCUAUUUCAUCAUCUACAUCACAUUUAGUUCCCAAAUUGGUAGAAUCAGAGAAUACAACAAAUAAAAUAUGUGAGAGUGAUGAUUUACGUGAAAGUACAACGAAUAAACAUAAAACCGGUAUUGUAAGUAUUAUAUCAACUCCACAAAAUAAACAUCCUGCUGAUGAGAAAUCACAAACUAGUGUACAUAAUAUUACUACUAAUAAAGAAUUAUCAACCUCCUCAACUGUGACAACAACAAUGGCUGCUACAUCUACUAUUCCAUCAGGAACAGGACGAUCAAUUACGAAAAUAAUCGCUGUCAAACCUAGGCGAAGUGACCCACAAAAAAUGAAUGUUGAUGAAAAGGAAAGUGUUGUAUCCGUGAAUAAUACACAAAGUAAAUUAUCCAGUCCUGUUCCUGAGCUUACAACUAAUCGACGAAUAUCUGUUGUAAUGGCGCCAACAAAGUCCGGUGAAACAGAGACACAACGUAGUGUUAAAGCUCGUUAUGUCCGAUCUACUCGACGAUCCACUCAAGGUGUUUCAUCAGAAGAUGUAGAACAGGCUAAAAAGUUAGCUGAUAAAAAUAUCAACGGUAGUACUGUUGUUUCGGAUAAUUCCCAACCAAUGAAUUCUAUUCCCACUGUUGAUACAUCGUCGUCAUCAGAUAGAACAACAUCAACUGAUACAUCGGGAGUUCCAAAUAAUAAAUCUAUAAAGUUAAGUCAUACUUCUUCAGCUUGUAAUAGAAUUUAUUCAGAAAAUCCUACAAAUCUUUUUCGUCGACUCACCGAUACUGAAUUAUUGAGAUCUCGACCUAAUUCUGAGACUGUAGCAGGUAGUGGCGAUACGUUUACUGGCAGAUCAUCUGCGCGUACUGAUUAUUCAACCACCGAACGAGAAACUAAUGAUACUCGAUCUUCAAAUCAUCCUUCUGUAAGUUUUUGUGUUAAUAAAAAAUGUUUCAUACCUUUGCUUUGUUGUUAACCGAACUGUGUAUAUCAAGUUACUGUACUAUGUGAUCAACUAUUCUAAGUUAACUCUUACCACGGUGUUUAUUUUUCAGCAGUGGUUGAAUACACUCAGUUAGGAAAUAUUCAAUCAAUGUUUUGUGAUAACCAAACAAUAUUAAAUGAAUUCUCUCUUAUAACUAUAAUAUUUUAAUUUAAAAAUAUUCACCGCCUAAGAUUUUUUAUCAUAAUCAAUUAACCUGUGGCUCCUAGCUUGUGAUGUACACAACUAAGUCGUUUGGAAAUUAAAAAGUGUGGUUUUCUGUUAAUUUUCAGCAAUAUGCUUCCUCCAUUAAAUGUCUAAACAAAUAAUCUUUUACAAAAUCCAUACAGUCAAUCAUAAAUAAUGUAGAACUUAGCAGAUAUGUAUAUCAUUUUUUAAGUUCUUACACCAAAUCAAAAUAGCGAAGUAAAGUUAUCAAGAUAAUUACCAGAGUUUUGAAAGUAUCAUUAAUAGUAGUGAAGAUUAGAUACAAACGAUAUCAUUUGAGAAGAAAUAAUGAAUUCGUGGAGUAAAGUGUUUAAACUUUUUUAAAUGAAGUUGAUACUGUUGUGCCAUUCUGACCGAUCCUGAGCCAUGUCAUACAGCGUCUUCAAAUAUUGGUGAUGAUAACUACACGGAUUUCAGCCAUGUUGUCUGGACUUACCUAUACGGCUUAUUUCAACAGUCAGUGACUUGAUAUAGAGUGACACUGCGUUUCAAUUUUACCCAAAUGUCCUGGUACGGUCGAAAUUGGGGAGAGUCAGCUCUACCUCUCGAAAUUCUCUCAUAUGAUCACAUGCAUAAAACCACUGACAGGGAAGUCCUACUCACUGCUUCCUCGCGGCAUUACCGUUGUUUACGAAAUUGAGAGGACGAAAAAUGAAUGUCCGGUACUGGAUUUGGAGGAUCCACCUAGGGGAGUUGGGAAACCCUGAUUCCAAACCAUUGUUGUACAUGGGCUCCAGGAUCCUAAGGAAACAAAUGGCGUAUGAACUACCUGCUUCAGUUUGGACACCCGUGCAGUAUCGCAGCUCUCACACGAAUUUAAUGACUUUUGUGGUGCCUCCUUGUACUAACGCUUAUUUGUUUAAAUAAAUAACAAAUAAGCUUUUUUCCAACACUUCCCUAUUUUAGCGAACGUAGCCAGUAAAAGUAAGCGGUUGUUGAGCAUGCGUAAUAUGUAUUAUUUUACCACUUCAGUCAAUGAUAAUUUACUACAUUAUCAACUAAUAUGCCAUCCUUUUCUUGUACUCUGUAUCUGAUCAGUACAAUGGUGACCGAUAGAAAUAUGUUUCAUUUAUUAAUAUCCGUAAUAUCAAUAUACUUACAACUAGUGUUUGUUAGGAUUAAGUGGUCACUCUAAUCCAUCUACUGUUUAGUCAGUCAGUCAAACGCAAUGUAGAACCUAGCACACGUGUACAUCAAUUCAAGUUGGCAUGCCAAAUUAAUUCAGUGAGAUGAAAUUAUCAGCACAAACAUCGUAGUAGUAGUAGUAGUUUAUGAAAAAUCUAGCGGCUGUGGAUCGCUUUGUUAAACUCACAAAAAAUUUCAUCAAAAUAGAUUUUAGUCUUCAUUGACCCUAAUUAUUUAAAUGCUUUAUUAUUAUAUUGGUAAAGUUCAUCGGUUGUCAGUUACAGUUUAUCCUUUUAUUCAAAUCCAGUUAGUUUAACAAACGACAGACACUUAUUUUGAGUUAAAUUUAAGUAAAAAUGAUUAGAAUCCAUUUGGAUUGAAAAUUGUUUCUCGUAAAUCAUUAGUUGAAAUAUAAUUCUCCUAAUAAACAUUAUCAAAUUGAUAACGAUAUUUCAUUUUUAUCUGUGUAUAUCCUUUAUCAUCACUCCCAUAGUUGGUAACAUAAAAACUAAACCCGAAAUUUAAAAGUGACCAAAUGUAAAUAAAAUCAGUCAAGUGUUAGCGAUAAAUAGAACGUUCUGUUCAAUAAGGCUGCCACUAAUGUUCACUGAUAGGAACUUGUUUUCUGUAUCCGUAAAGAAUAAGCUUCCUCGUUUGGUCUCCUUUAUGUGCAUCUGCCAGUUCAUCUGGUGUAUAUAUAUCCUGAAUUUAAUAAAAAUUUUUAUCUGUCUCUUCUGCAUAUCCAUGUCAUCCAUUUUUAAUUCCCCACCUUUUCUCAUGAUUUCUUUUUUUGGUAUACUGUUACUACUUUGAAUAAAAUACCACCUUGUUCAGUGUUCUUAUCUCUUACAAUCUAUCACUUUUCUUCGACCACCUUCUAAAAUUCAUAGGAUUAACGAACGUGACCUUUUAGAAAAUGUAUCCAAAGAGAAAUGUGUAAGGAAGAUGUUAAACUGAUAAUCAGUAAUCAUUAGUGAGUACGGCAAGCAACAAGCUUUGAUAGGAAAUUCACAUAGGUUCAGUGAGAAGCUAUGAUCGUUGAUGUUCUACCCGUGUCAAGUGUGAGGUAGUUACUCACCGAAGACCAUGAAAGUUGGUCGCGCAAUAUCGUAAACUGAUCGAAGUUAGAUAUUAAUAUAAUCGGAUCCAAGCUCAUUGGUUUAGAAAUUAAGUGUACACAUGCAAACCCGAAUGCUCUAGGUUCGAAGCUCUUUAAUCAGAGGUCGUUGAUGUCCACUGCUGUAAAGUUUCAUACCAAGACAAAACGACUGUCCAGUGCUUCCAGAUUUUUAAUGUUGGUCUGACUUCCGUUCAAAAAAUUCUACGGAAUACACCAAUCUCUACAACCGUAUACAUACAAAAUAUUAUUUUUCAUAGACACUAUUAACAUUUUCUAUCAAUACCCGUGUUCCAAUUUUCACUUAAUAACCUUGAUUGUGUUAGGUUGCGGUAUACACUUAUGAUACUACAAUACUCCUGAACUAUAUGUAUUAUUUCCCAAUACAUAAUAUAUAUAUGCUUUUAUGUGACCUUCUGCUUCUGUACUAUCAUGCAAAAUUAUUUUAUUGAUGAUCAGCAUAUAGUUGCAUCCCUUCAAUUCACAAUUAUUUUGAUUAUCCUGGCAUAAGCAUCAGGAUAGAGAUAUGGACACAGAUUGCAUUUUGUGUUGUGUGUAGUAUAUAUAUAUAGGAUAGAAAUGAACUUUGUUGUAUUUUGUGAAUGUUUUUUUUCACGAAAACAAUACAAUAUAGGUAUCUUCGAUUGCCUGUGUAUUUUGUAAAUCAUACCAUACUGUGCAGUAUUAAUAAUAAUAGUGUAAGGUAUGUCUGGUCAAUAUAAUAAAGUGUGUACAUGUACGCAUUCUGUAUAUAGACUAGUGAUAUGCUUUAUUAAGAAAAAAUAACACUUGUAAUGAUCGAAAUGUGUAGUUCAUGCGUAAUAUUUGUGUAUGAUGGUUACAAAAGUUUCAUAUUAAAUUAUAUAACUAGAUGUUUCUUUGCGAUACCACGUGAUAAGAGUUUUAGAAAUCUUAGAUAUCAAAACACAAUAUAAUUAUUCAAUGGAAUUCAAUGAUAUUUCUUUUCUUCAAAGCAUCACAGACCAAAUUGUGAAUAGGAAAUAAUCUCCCUUCUUAAAGAAAGAUUUUUAGGGUUAUUUUAAUAUUUAAUUGUUACUUUGUGUUCGUUAAAUUUUUUUGUUUUUUUUUGCUAUUAUCCACCGUGAAAAUUGGUCAUAGUACAUGCACAUGCAUUGAAACAAUUGACAAUGAGAUGAAUUGAUGGUAUCUAAUCAAACAAAUAUACUGCUUACAGAAGAAUAAAUCAUCUAUUCUGUUUGUUAUGAAUGGUCAUGUCUCAUCAUAAUGUAAACGAUAUUUUACAUACAUCUUAGUAGGAUACAAAAAAAUCUUCAGUAUCGAUGUUGGAUAACAAUUAUGGAGUACUGAUUAUAGGAUAAUGAAUUGGUUUCCAUGGUACUGAGUGAACGUUCAUCCGUUGAUGUAUGUCAAAUUAUCAUUUAGAGCGACUGAGAGAGAGAGAGAGCUAUAUUGUGUAUACUAAGAGUAGAUUAGUGAACUUUUGAUGUCAUACAAGUUUAAACAUUGCCUAAUAUAAUUAUCAAUUAUUAUGCUGAGCCGUGUCAUAUGGUAGAUGCUUCUCAGUGCUUAUGAUUGAUCUUCAUAUGUUGAAGAUUUUGUCACGGCUUUGUAGAUGUUUUGCAGUUGUAAUUUUUGUUUCAAUGAUGUGCCUCAAUGUUAGUCCAUCAUUAACUAACUAUAUUUCCUGUGUUCAAUAUAUAUAUUCUUUUACUAAUAUUAAUGCAACCAUUUUGAAUUCUGUAGAUUUUCUGCAUAUAAUUUAUUGCUUUUCAUUGUGUUGAUUUAAAAUCUUAAUAACAAGAACCAAUUACACUUGAAUUAUGUCGAUUAAUCAGAUCUACGGUGUUUUGUUUUUUAACUGAGAGUAUAGGAUAAGGUAAUGUAUUCUCAAGUGAGAAUAGAUAAAGAUUGUAGGUUGUAUUCUGUAAAUGGUCGUUGCUAUUCACUUCAGCCGCAAACUAGGAUGCAACAAUUGUCCAAUCACUCUCUCCUAUAAUAUACCAACUGAUACAUUAUUAUACUACAUCAUCACAAUAAUAUAAUAAUAGUAUAAUAUCAGUAAUAGUUGAAAACAUGGGAUAUAAAAAGUAUUAUGGUGUAUGCUACUUGUGUCUGUCGACAUAACUUGUAUUUAACACCAAUCGUAAGUGGAAAACCUCCUAGCAGAAAGCUAAGAAGAUCAAGUUGAACAAAACAAAAAGAGAAAUAGAAAGGAAUUAUGAAUUGGAAGAAUCAUACAGAGUGUAAAGGACAAUUAAUGAAAGAUUUGCAAAUCAAUUAUUUAAUGUAUGAUUCUCUUAUUUUAUGAUGACAUUUUGUAAUAUUGUAUUCAACAAUAAAUUGAUCAUCCCCAACAAAUCUUCAUUCAUUACAGUAUAGUUUGUGCAGAACAUGUAAA